AUGAAGCUUGGUCGAAAGCAGCUGCCACGCCGGCGCAAAGCAACGGGUCCAUUGCGACUCGAUUGGCCUGCCGUCGGCGCCUCUCAAGAUCUCGUCGGCACCAAAGAUCUUGUGUCGUUUUCACUGGAAGAAAGUGCAUUCGUUCCAGUGCGUCGGAAGCAAAAGCGACCACGCAAGAAUGCAGUCUCCCAUACCGGAGGUGACACUAGUUCACAUGACAAUGCUCUUUGGAUCGAUAGGUAUAAUCCUCAAUGUAUAGCCGAUGUCUGUGUGGCGCCAAAAAAAGUUCAGGAAGUUCGUCAAUGGAUCCAGUCUGCCAUGAAAGAUCACGUUCACAAACUCUUAAUAUUGGUAGGGAGCCCUGGAAUUGGUAAGUCGACAAUGAUCCGUUGUUUGGCGAAGGAAAAUAGAUGGUCAAUCUCUGAAUGGAACGAAACGUUCUCGAAUCAAUACAGUGCUUUGAACUCGGCAAUGCACUCUGUAGAUCAACAGUCUUCUCUGAGCUCGUUUCAGGAGUUUCUCCGGCAAGCAGGGACCGGCUACCAUUCUCUGACCUUCGAAUCGUCGUCAAAUUCAUCAACAAAGCAAGACGGAUCUCAAAUUUCGGGGUCCAUCAUCUUGCUUGAAAGCCUUCCGACGCAACACGAAUCAACCCAGAUGCGAUUAAGAGAGCUGUUUACUGAACACGUCCGCACCACAUCCGUGCCAACGGUUCUCAUCUUCAGCGAUGUCUUGGAAGGGAAACACAAACGAGAGGAUCUGGAGUCCUUGGUGGACCCCAAUUUGCUGUAUUCAGACCUUUGCCUCAUUCUACAAAUUCAGCCUUGUACUAAGCAAAACAUGAAAAGGGUUUUGUCGCUUAUUGUCCGUGCAGAAAGGCUUUCGGUACCUUCCAGUAUAUACGAAGACCUUCACGAGCGGAGCAACGGGGACUUGCGCUCGGCAAUCACAACUUUUCAGUACGAAGCCAUGGGGCAGUCGAUGACCGUAAAGAACACAGAUACAACCAACCGAGACCGCAGACUUUCGCCAUUUCACGCCUUGGGUAAGCUCCUUUACGCGAAGCGCGUCACUGGUGCACACAAGGAUCCAUUAAGUUGGUGGAAAUGGAAGGAUGAUCGUCCACCAAUCGACUUUAAUCCGGAAAACGUACUGGAGCAUAGUGGGAUUGAACAAUUUGGGACUCUAUCGUUUCUCGAACAUCACAGUCCGGAUUUCUUUUCCGACAUAUCGGAGCUGAGCGAUACACUCGCGACUUUUUCAGAUUCGGCGUUAUUGAUGGACUGUUCCUCUAUUUCUGGCUCCCAGAAUGCUGCCGCCUCGUUGGCUGGCCGUGCCGUCGCCGCCUUCAAUCGACAUCCACGCGCAAACAAAUUCAGGCAACUUUCUGCUCCCAAAAUUUUCGAAGUCAAUCGCAACCGUCGGGAAAAUGAAGUGCACCUUCGUCACCUACACCAUUCUUUAUCAACGAAUCGUAGCAAUGAACUUUCUUUGCAUUCGGCCCUCGGAGCAACUUCGCACUUCGUCUCCGACAGCCUUUCGUUUCUCCGACGCAUCAUCCCCGAGUCAAUAGAUCUGUCUCUGAAUACUAUGCACUCACGAUUCCGUCUUAUAGACAAAUCCAUCUCGAGCAGCAAUGAUGCGAAAACAGGAUUGUUAAAGGAGCAGCAGCAAGUGCUUCUGGACGACGAUAUUGGUGAUUUUGAUUCAGAAUAA